AUGGCUCUCAUUCAAGGAGUUUCUUCCCCUGCUAAAAUCUGCGCUCCGGUUGCCGCCAAUGAGCAUUCUUUAUCCUCUGCUGCCUUCCUCGGAAGGAGCUUUCUCUCCUUUUCAUCCCACCGCCGCCUCCGACAGGACAAAGGGUUGUCGGUGUUUGCGGCCGUGGAUGAAAAGACUAGCUCUGUUUCUCUCACCGGUGUUCUGUUUCAGCCGUUUGAAGAGGUUAAAAGGGAUGACUUUUUGGUACCCAUUGCCCCCAGCGUUUCGCUUGCUCGCCAGAGAUACUCCGAUGAAUGUGAAGCCGCCAUCAAUGAGCAGAUCAACGUGGAAUAUAAUGUGUCAUAUGUAUACCACGCCAUGUAUGCAUACUUCGACAGGGACAAUGUUGCUCUUAAAGGACUCGCCAAAUUUUUUAAGGAGUCAAGUGAGGAAGAAAGAGAACACGCUGAGAAGCUGAUGAAAUAUCAGAACAUGAGAGGGGGAAGAGUGAAACUGCACCCUGUUAUGAAUCCCCCUUCAGAGUUUGAACAUGUCGAAAAGGGUGAUGCUUUGUAUGCGAUGGAAUUAGCAUUGUCCUUGGAGAAACUUGUAAAUGAGAAGCUUCUGAAUGUGCACAGUGUUGCUGACCAGAACAAUGAUCCUCAAAUGGCCGAUUUCAUAGAGAGCGAAUUCCUGGAAGAACAGGUUGAAGCCAUCAAGAAGAUUUCUGAGUAUGUUACUCAACUGAGAAUGGUUGGGAAAGGACAUGGUAGGAUUCUUUUUCUUACUUCUGCAAUCAAUUCCCCUUUUGUUCUUAUCAUUCUAGUUGAGCAUAACAUAACAUGUAUCCAGUUUAUGCUUAUGUUUCUCAUGAAAACACUGAUUUGACGUGCGAUUUGGUAUAUUUUCCUGUAGGCGUGUGGCAUUUCGAUCAGAGGCUUCUACAUGAAGAUGGUGUCCAUUAGACAACGUUCCUUCUUUAAUAGACUUUUUUCUUUGGCUACAGAUGAUGGUUUUUCCUGUAGAUUUCUCUAGUGAUGCAUUAAGUAGUUUAUUAUGGUCUAAACCUAGCAAUUAUGGUACUAUGAAAUGUUGCUGUGUCUUGAUUUGGAUAGAUUUAGCAUCUGUGGGAUGAAAUAAACAAUGUGAAUAUGGUUAUGAGAUGCAAAGUACUGUAUUGUGAAUGGUUGAGUUUCAUUCAAAAUGCGACUCCAACAAUUUAAGCAUCCUGAGUUCCUGACUGUAGAUUUCUCCACCCAUAACCAAACAUUACGCUGAAGUAUUGCCUUCCUUAUUCAUGACUGUGUGUUCAGACAGACAGUUUAUCAUAUAGAUGCAAAAAAAGAAGAAGAAUGAAAUUAAUGCCAAUAUUCAGGCUGGACUGAAGCAGAAAUUCCAUUGUAGCUGCCUUUUGCUUCUCCCUCGAAUGUUUCUGGCAUGGUGGUGAUUAGAAGAGUUAACCAUCUCCCACAUCACCUUUAUGUCUGAAUAUCCUCCGCAAGCCUCCAUCUCCUUGCAAAGCGCACCUAACCCUCUCCUAUUCU